AUGCCCUCAAGCCACGUGUGCGACAGCCGGACCCAGGGUGGCCUUGGCACCGGGGCAGCCUCGGGACAGCCCAAAAAGCUCAGGGGGGAAUCCAGGCUGAUCGCAGGGGCCGCAGUGGCCGCCACAGGGAGCGGCCGGGCCACGGACGGCUCCGAUGAUGGUUCCGCUUGGUGGUUCUCAACCUCAGCCUCCUCCACUGGCGUGGCAGCCGAAGGCGAGGCCGCCGCUGUCGGAGCCCUCACGGGCUCUGCUGGAGGGUCAGACACGGGAGGGACUGGCGCGGGCGGCGUGGGAUCGACCUCCGCCGGCACCGCUGCGAACGCAAUUGCCGGCUGCGAUGCAGAAGGAAAAGGGACAGGGGCUGCAGGUCCCAACUCCGGGACGGGCUGCCGUCGAUCAUCGCUGCUGUCGAGUGUGUCGCCGAGCAACUCGGGCAAAGCCAUGGGAGGCGGUGCUUCUGCCACGGGAAUGCCGACAAACUCUGCUGGAAGCGAUGGGUCCGGUCCGGGCUGA